AUGUUAUUCGGGGGCAUCUACUUUAUAGUCAAGCUACUCUUUCUCCAGCUAUACCCAGCCUACAUAUGUUACAAGGCCAUCAAAGUCAAUGAUCCAAAUCAGUUUGGUCCCUUAUUAACCUAUUGGGUCGUUGCAUCUGGUUUCCUGGUAGCAGAGUACUUGACCGACAUCUUUUUGUUUUGGGUUCCGUUCUACACCGACAUCAAGUUUGUUCUUCUCUUAUGGCUUAUCUUGCCUCAAACACAAGGAACACUCGUAGUCUAUCGGGACUGGCUUGACCCAUUCUUAUCACAGCAUGAAGAGUACAUCGACAAGACUCUUAUAGACAUUCAAACCAAAGCGAGACAAACUAUAUCCCUUCAUCUACAGACACUCCUUUAUACUCUACGUAAUGUGAUCAUUGACAUAAUCAAGGUAAGAGAGAGAAAAAAAUUAUGA